UCCGUCAUCUUAAAGUAAAUCUGUUGUUGUCAUACAUUUUCAUUUCAAUCAUUCCAUUCAAUUCAUAUCAUCAAUUAUCUCAAUCAUGAGUUACAUCAAUAAUAGACCACUGCAAAAUCCAAAAGUGAAAUCAUUAGAUUGUUGUAAAAAAAAAUCUUCAAUAGCAAGUCAACAUUCCAAACAGAGAACUUCAAAAAUCAGUUUUCAGGAUAACUUUUUUCUACCCAAUAGCAAAAUGAACAGUCCAAUUGUAUGUGGGGUAUCUACAAAUACUUCAAAAUGUGGAGCAUCCUUAUCAUGUGUACAAAAAAUCAAUGCAAUGAAAUUACCUCAAAGCAAGUGUAAUCCUAGUGUGGUGAAUACAAAAUGUAAUACCUGUUCAUGUGUGGGGAAAAACUCCUUGGUAAUGAAUAAAUCCACAUCUCAUCGAGAAACCAAAAAAUGUUCUCUCAAAGAAAAUCCGGAGAUUCAUAUUAUCGAAGAAAUAGUAAUGCCAGUUAAACCAUCUGCUGAAAAAAAAAUCUCAGACAUAACAUCUCAAACAGUGAAUCCAUUUCAUAAACCUUCUACUCCAAUCUCAGUCAAAAAACUAUCUGCACAAUUAUCAAACCCUGUUCCUUCAUUAGAAAAAGUUCCAGUCACACAUAACACUCUAAUGAAAACCAGAAAGUAUUCCAAAAAUGAAGACUUGGAGAAAGAAAUGGUCAAAAAAAUAUUACCGAUUGCAUUUGUCAUUGACAAAAAACCUUUCCAAAGUCUUGUGAAAGAUACUGUCACUAAAAAUAAAACUGAAACAAUGGAAACCGGGUUUGAAGAUAAUGGAGGAACAGAUUCACCCAAAACUGACAUUGGAAAAGUUCCCUCAACAGAACUCAUUUCGGACUAUCAUCAAAUCAAGUUGGCAGAAUCUGAAACCAAUUCUACGAAUCCUGAUAGAGGUAUAUCGGUAAAAAUCGAUGCAGAUGAAGUAAAAUCAAACUAUCCAGAAACUCCUGAAAAACGUUUUCCUGCUGAAACCACUCCAUCGAGACAAAUUCUCCAAUCGAACUCAAAAAAUAAUGAAAUCAUGGAAACCCUGAGAACCGAUACUGGGAAAGCUCCUGUUGCGAAGGGGAAAGAAUCAGUUGAUAUCGUUGUGGAAAAUGUAGAUUCAAAAAGGACGGAAUGCCCUGAAGAAUGUUCGCCUACUGAAAACACUUCCCUAAGAAAAAAUGUUUAUCUCAAAAUGGGAAGUACCGAAAACAUGAAAACUCUCAAAAAUGACAUUAUGGAAGUUCCAUCAGCUGAAUUCAAAUCUAAUCACCAACCAAUGAAGUUGAGAGAUUCUGAAGAUGAAAGUGUUGUAGCUGAAACCAAUUAUAUCACUGAGGGAACUGAUAUAGAGAAAUUAGAUUCUAAAACAUUGAAAAAUCCAGAAGACUGCCCCCCUACUGAAAACACUUUAUUGAAAAAACAUUCCCAAUUGGAAAGUUCUGAUAUCAUAAGAACUAUUGAAAUCAAUCGAAAAAUAAUAAUUCCAUGUAUAGAAGUGAAAGAAAUGAAUAUCAAAUGUACAAGACAUUGCGGAUGUAUUUUUGAUCAAAAUGAAACAGAAACGAAUAAAAUCGAAAUGCAUGAUACCCCCGGAAAAGUAACCAACUUGAACACGAUUUCAGUUAAAUGCUGUAAAGAAACAAUAUUUCCAGAAAAUAAAGUCGUAGCCCCUGCUAAUUUCAAUACUGAAGAAUCAUUUUCAACUGAAAUAGAAAUAAUGAAUAUAGAAAUUCAAGAAAUUGAGCCUGAGCAAAUAACUGUGGUUGAUGAAAAGGUUAAUAGAGAUGAAGCUCCUGAGGAACGAAACCGUAUUCUCUCACUCCCAACAACUCAGAUUGAUAAAAAUAUUAUGAGUCAAAAAUCUUCUCUGAAGGGGUGUUUGUGUCGACAAAAAAACUUGGAUCAUGAAAUACCUGAAAUCGUAGCUAAUAUAGAGGAUAACCCUGACGAACCAUUUUUAAAACAAGGUAUAAUUUAUAACGAUACACCAGAAACUGAUCCUGACGAGAUCACUGUGGUAGAUGAAGAGAUCAUUGGGAAAACUAAUGAGACACCUAGAGAAUGUUCCUCUGCUGAAACCACUCCACUAAGACAAAUUCUUCAAACCAACUUGGAAAGUCCUGAAAACAUGGACACUCCUAGAACUGAAACGGGAAAAUCCUCAUCAUUUCAAAUUAACUAUAAGAAAAUCAAUCCGAAAAAAUCUUCAGGUAGUGUGAAGAGUAAAAAAUCAAUUGAAAUCGUUAUGGAGAAGUUAGAUUCAAAAAGGGUAGAAUGUCCUGAAGAAUACACCACUACAGAAAACACAUGCCUGAUAAAAAAUAUUCAUCCCAAAAUGGAGAAUUUUGAAAUCAUCAGAACUCCCAAGACUGAUAUUGGAAAAGUUUCAUCAGCAGAAGAAUCAAAAUAUACUCACCAACGAGUGAAUUUGAAAGAAUCGGGUGGUAGUGUUGUAGGUGAAACCAAUUUUAUCACUAAGGGAGUCGAUAUGCACAAAAUAUAUUCUAAAACAUUAGAAAAUCCUGAAGAACUUCUUCGUACUGAAAAUACUAUAUUGAGAAAAAAUAUCCGUCCCAGAUUGGAAAGUUCUGACGUUAAAGGAACUGUUGAGGUCAAUCACGAAACAGUUGAUUCAUGUAGUGAAUUUCAAAUGGAAAAUAUUGAAAAAAUUGAGAAAUGUGAAUGUCUUCAAAGAAGAGAUGAUACGAAACUAGAUAAAAAUGGAAAAAAAAUAAUCAUUCAAAGCUCAGAAAAGGCAAUGGCCAUCAAUGAGUAUGUUUCCGAACAGGUUGUUCCAAUGGCAGCCAGUUCUAAACGAAGUGAUAACGAAGAGAAAAUACGUCUUUCUAAUAGCAAACUUUCAGUUGUUUCAGAAAAAAUAUAUGGGUGCCCUUCUGACCAGUGCAAAAAUGAGUUUCUUGAGGGAGAAAGUAUAUGUUGUAGAACUGUGAAUGAGAGGAGUAUUGUCAAACUGGAACUGGAGAAAGAAGAUGAACCGGGCGAUUAUGUAGCAUUACAAGGUCCAAUGUUCAUCAGAAAAUCUCUUCUUGGCUGUAUUUCGACUUCUGAACAAGAAUCACAAGAACAACAGACAGUGGAACCAAUCAUCUCUGAUACUGUGAAGAGCUUUCUGAACUGCAAGCAAUGUUGUCGGGAAGGAAAAUGUAUAGCGAAGAAACUCUUACAUAUAUGUGAAAGUGAUCCUGAAGCAAUUAUUGAAAUGUAUAGAAGUCAAAUUAUCGAACAAUCGAAUUUGAGAGUGGAAGAUUUAAGUAGUAGUUCCUCUUUCCAGAUGCAAAAGACCCAUGGAGAAAUUUACGGUGAUCAAAAAUAUCAUUUCCUAAUGGUUGAUAAAACAAUGAGUGUGGAUGAAGUGAAGCUUGAGGAAAGCAAAGUUAUCAAUAUAGAGGAGUUACCUGAAAAACCACCGGAAUCAGAAAAAAUCAAGUUGGAAGAGACGAUUCCCAUCAAAUUGGAAAAUGAACUAGGUACAUUAGAAGAUAAAUCUGCAAUCAAGAAUGAAGUUUCUGGAACACCAAAUGAUGAAGAGGCAGCAAAAAUGAAUGAAACCGAAAAGCAAGCUCUGAAACUAGAUGAAUCAGAUGAACCAAAAAAAAUUGAAGUAGAAAAAACUGAUCCAGUAGAAAUCAAAAUACCAGAGAUUGAAACAGUUGGAAGUGAAGUGGAAGAAAAUAAUGAAAUGGGGAUCGAACCGAAGGAAAAUGGGUUAGAAAAUUUGUAUCAUCCAAAAAUAGCUCGCACGAGCACUAUAAGCUGGGGGACACUCGAGCAGCAAAAACCCAUUCUUUCAGAGACUGAUGACAGCCUGGACCAUCUUGCUGAUGAAGCAAGAAAAAGAAGAGAAAGAUUCAUUGAGAAAACUCACCAUAGGAGGAAGAAGAAUUCAGCUUUCGAAGAUAUUCUCAAUGAAGAAAAACGGAAAACAAGCGUACUAGGAAAUUUCAAAAUAGAACCUAGUUCCAAAAACUUGACCAAACAAGAAUCAUGUGAUAAUGCUGUUCAAACUAGAUGUUGUGGUCUGAGAAAACCAAAAAAAAAUACGAGCAGAGAUCAAAUUUGGUCGAGAGCACAUCGAAAAAGUACACUUUCACAUGUUUCUAAAGUGGACAAGAUAGACACUGAUACUAGUAUUACAUCAGUUCAAAAUCUGACGAAACCCGAUGAUACUUCUAGUGAGGGUAGUAGUUUGUCCUCGUAUCACCUCCGAUCUUCAACUGAUGAGAAUUCGAUAACUGAAGAGCAUAGGACAUUUAGCAAGCAUUUGAACAAAUCAUAGUUAUAGCAUUUUCUCCAGAAUAUUUCGACUUGCUGAUAGUUUUGAUGGACACGAAUCUUUUCAUAACAUACAAGAAGUAUUUGAAUAAAAAUAUCCUUAUUGAUAAAAAGAAUUGAAUUCUUGGAAAUUUUAAUAAGAAUCAAUCUUAAUGCAAGUAUUAGUUGGCCAACCAAGUUAACGUUUUUAGGGCGCUGACAUGCUGAUUUUGCCAUUAAUAAUAAUGGGAACGAUGUUAUUAAUUGGUGGAACUUCCUCUUUAUUAUUACCGGAAACUUUGAACGAACAUCUUCCCCAAACAUUGGAGGACGCUGAAAAUUCUCCCCUUGACUGUUUUGCAUGUUGCACCCCUCCACCACGAGGAGGUACAGUUGAUUUUGUUGAAACCAACAUGUGACGAACAAUUAAGUAAAUGUGUUUCACUUC